AUUUUAUAUAAAAAGGGCUUGGUCGAAGAUCAUUUUAAAAAUAAAUUCUUCACUCGAAUCGGCCCGUCCCUGAGUAAUCAAUAUGGCCUCCAGGUCUACGCGGGGCACGCUAACGUAGUGUAGAUAUUUCUUCAAAAAUCUGUAGAACAAACAGUUUCUGUGAUAAUAUAAUUAGUCAAGCUGUUAAAGAGUGUAUGGAAAGAUAUUUUCGUGGUAUUUUAUAAAAUAUCAGUGAUAGUAUUCAGUCAGGAACAAAUUUAGAAGGCAUUCCACUGCCGUUGUAACUACUACUUGUACUUUGCGGAAGACAUCGUCAACGUUACAGUACGAUUCAGUAGUCGUUCAGCAUUUAACAAUUAAUUUAUUGAUCGCUAAAUCUUACAAUGAGGUGGCAAUUUAAGUGUAAAGAUUCAUAGUUUCCAGUUAUUAAAAUCUAAUAUUAUGUCUGAAAAUAAGAGCAAAGAAGAUGCCACGAUGGAGGGUUGUCAAGAAGGGGGCGAAGAAGAAGGUAUGGCUGCCGAAAGGGUCGAAGAUAAGGUCAGUAUCCAACAGAUUCUCGAGGGUAUGACUAAUGAAUUUAACAAAAGUGUAAGUCCUGUCAAAAGUACAGAAAUUAAUCGAUCAGAAAAAUUGGAUCAUGAGGAAAUUGAAAAAUCGGAGAUAAAUUUUGAUAAAUCAGCAAUUGAAAAAGAACUUGCUGGAGAUAAGGAUAUAGAAGAUAUUUCAAUAAAGCAAAAAACUACAGAAUCAAUGUCAAUAGAUGAAAAUCAUAGAGAAGAUCAUAAAGAAGAUACUGGAAAACAAGAAAUUUUGAAAAAAGAUAAUGGAAUUCCGCGUAUCGUUCUUACAUUCAGAACAAUCGACGAAAAUACUGAUGAUGGUAAAAAAACAAAGAUAUCAAGUUGUUCCUCCAACCUUACUUUAGUUCCUGAUGAAUUGGUAAAUUGUGAUCAAAUUGGCGGUGUUUCUGUUAAAAUUGAAAAUUCAGAUGAAAACUCCGAUAAUAUUGAGAAAUCAGAUUCAGAAGAAGGUAGACCAGAAGAAGUAGUCAUAGAAUCAAAAAAUAAAGAAUCAGAGGAAAAGAUAGAAGAAUCAAAAUUACCAAAAGAAGAUAUGAGGGUAAUAACAGAAGAUAAAACUACUAUUUCUAAUGAAAAAACAAAGACUGAUGAAGCAGAUACUUCAAUAGAACCUACAGAACAGGUGGAUCAAGCAGACAGCACAGUUCCAGUUACUAGGAAAAGAAGAACAGGACGACCUAGAUUAAGAGCACUUAGUGAUCACACUGAAGAAUCUCCAGGUCCUAAACGUUCUGCAAGGAGACUGUGUAAAGAAACAUUAAAGAGUACUGUAUUAGAAAAUGCAAUGGCAAGGAAAGAAAAAUCUAAUUAUACAGAAGAAAAUUUACAAUUUAAAAAACAGCGGAAAUAUAACAAACCAGGAAGACCUAAAAAGGUGAUACAAGGAAAGGAUCAAAACAAACAGUUGCAAACUAAACCUCCUGAUAUACGUCAGGAAAUAGAAUCUUCCAUUUCAGAUGGAAAUAUCACUAUUUCUGAGGUAAAUUCAACAUUAGAAUAUUCUAGAAAUUCUAUAUCAGAAAAUAAUGCAAAUGAGACAAUCCUGGAUGAAUCACAAAGUUAUUCAUCUGAUUUUGAUGGUAUGCCAAAAUUAUCUCCUAUGAUAAAAAGUUCAGAAUCUCAAACAAAAUUGAAUAACUCAAUUGGUAGUUCCACAAGCGAUGAUAUAUCUUUAGCAGAUAUUGAAAAACCAUUUCUAAAACCUGCUGCUGGUAGACCUAAACGAGAAAGAGGAAGACCUAGAGGAAGUCAAGCUGCAAGAAAAAUAGCAAAAGCAGAUUCAUUCGAAGAUGGUUCUGUAUCAAUUGCAGAAACAGGCAAAAAUAAUGAUUAUCCUGAAGGUAAUAUUUUAAAAUUGUUUAAUAUUAUAAUUAUUACAAAGAAUGAUUAUGUUAAUUUAUAUAUGAAUAUUGUAGAAAGCAUUGUACCUAUAAAAAGAACAAGAAGAAGUAUGGCUCCAAGUCCAAGUCCUGCAGAAGGACAAGCCUCAAAGCCAGAAUCAACAGCAAUUAUGAGUGAAACAUAUAGUCAAUCAAUGUUAUGUUUAUGUCAAGUAAGAUCUCAACUAUAUGUAACAAUAACUGGUUCUGGAGCACCAUUAUAUUGUACUGCAAUAGAUUCCAUUGAUAAUAGAUUGGUAGGAUGUUGUAAUGAAGUUGAUAGCAAUGAUGUGGCAAUGAGAAGACCGAGUACACGUGUUCCUUUUAUUAUUUUAUGUCGAAUGCAUAAAGAAAGGCUUUUGAGACAUAAUUGUUGCCCUUCUUGUGGAUUGUUUUGUUCACAAGGAAGAUUUAUACAAUGUAUUAAUGGUCAUCAAUAUCAUCGUGAAUGUGAAAUUUAUCCAAAUAAAAAAGGCGUAUGUCCACAUUGUGGAAACGAAACUACAGCAUAUGAUGUAAUGGUCACCAUGAGUGGAUUAAGAAAACCUGUAUUCAUUCCAACUCGAAAAAAAUUUUCCAAGCUUCCUUCUGCAAAAAUGAGUUUACCAGGGAAAGGUGACAAUACAAAGUUGGCAGAGCGUCCUCCUAGUCCUUUGAUUCAACCAGAUAUUAUUAAAAUACCUGAACCAUCUGUUAAUUCUGAAAGACCUGAACGUUAUACUAUUAUGAGUCUCUAUACAUCUGUGAAAAAUGGAGAUUUAGAAAAACUAGUUAAUGUUUUAGCAUGUGGAUAUAAUGCAAAUCAUACAUUCCGGGAUUAUGCUCAUCGGACUGGACUUCAUAUAGCCGCGGAUAAAGGUCAUUUGUCUUGCGUACAUGUACUAGUGCAAGCUGGCGCUCAAUUAGACGUGAUGGAUAGAAAUCAAUUAACACCUUUAAUGUUAGCUGCUAGUAAGGGUAAAGCUGAUGUAGUAAAAUAUUUAAUAAGGAUAGGUGCUGAUGUUACAUUGAAAGGAGAAGAUGGUAUGACUGCUUUGCAUAUGGCUGCUAAAUCUGGUCAUUUAGAAGUAUGUAGGAUAAUUUUGACAGAAUGCAAAGCACCAAGAACAUUAGUAGAUUCAGUUGAUGAUGGUGGAUGGACUAGUUUAAUUUGGGCAUGUGAGUUUUGUCAUACUGACGUCGCACGAUUCUUAUUAGAUAGAAAGUGCGAUCCUUUAAUUCGAGAUGCAGAACAAAACAUAGCAUUACAUUGGAGUGCUUUUAGUGGAAGUUCAGAAAUUACAGAAAUGCUACUUAAUGAAGGUUGUGAUGUAAAUGCUGUUAAUGUUCAUGGUGACACACCUUUGCAUAUAGCAGCAAGACAAGAUCAAUAUGCAGUUAGUGUUCUUUUAUUAGCUCGUGGUGCUAAAAUAGGAGAAGUUAAUGCUGCAGGUGAAACAGCAGUAAAUUGCUGUACAAAUGAUGGUGAUACUAUGUCUGCUUUAAGAUUAAAUGCCAAAGUCAACGAACUUUCUGAACAUAUGUGGGAAAAAACAAUCAAAAUAUUAACUAAUGAUAUCUCACGUGGUAAAGAAACAAAUCCAAUACAAUGUGUUAAUGGCUAUGAUUCAGAAGAUAAGCCAACAGAUUUUCUUUAUGUAACCGAAAAUUGUUUUACUAGUAAUAUAAAUGUUGAUCGUACAAUAACAUCUUUACAAUCUUGUCGAUGUGAAGAUAAUUGUAGUUCAGAAAAAUGUUUAUGUGGAAACAUAAGUUUAAGAUGUUGGUAUGAUGAAGAAGGAAAAUUGAUUCCAGAAUUUAAUUAUACCGAUCCUCCAAUGUUAUUUGAAUGCAAUCCAGCAUGUGACUGUAAUCGUAUAACAUGUAAUAAUCGUGUUAUUCAACAUGGUCUGACGCAAAGAUUUCAAUUAUUUCGAACCAAAGGUAAAGGAUGGGGACUUAGAACGCUACGGCACAUUCCGAAAGGUUCCUAUGUAUGUGAAUAUGUUGGCGAAAUUAUUUCGGAUUCUGAAGCAGAUCAUCGAGAAGAUGAUUCUUAUUUAUUUGAUUUAGAUAAUAGAGAUGGAGAAACAUAUUGUAUUGAUGCCAGACGGUAUGGAAACAUCGCUCGUUUUAUAAAUCAUUCUUGUGCACCCAAUCUCUUGCCCGUGCGAGUAUUUGUUGAGCAUCAGGAUUUGCAUUUUCCUAGGAUAGCAUUUUUUGCGAAUCGCGACAUCGAGGCAGAUGAAGAGCUCGGCUUCGAUUAUGGAGAGAAAUUCUGGAUAAUAAAAUGCAAGUCAUUCACAUGUACCUGUGGAGCCGAAAACUGCCGAUAUUCUGAGAAGACUAUACAAGUUACUUUGGACAACUACCGCAGAAAAAUACAGCAAGAAGAAAUGCUGGCAGCUCAAUCAUCGUAAUCCUAAACCAAUUUAGCAAAUUCUAUAUAUACUUAUUUUAGUUAUUAGUUUAAUGUUCUUCCUUCUUAUUACUCGGAAUGUUAAUAGAGAGAAUCUCUAAUUUUUCCAUUUACUUUAAAACGAUCUUAAAUUAUGAAAUUGAAAGAAAGUACAAGUACAAAUGGUGGUGGGAUUUGAAUUUGACAAAAAUAAUUAAAGAAAGUGUUAUCUUGCUAUACGAGCUAAGAAGGAACUACGUUUUUCUUAUUCCAGUUCGUUGAAAUCGAACACAUCGAAAUCCAUAUUAAUUUUUCAAUUGAUCAUAUUUUCCUAUUUUUGCCAAUUAUCUUGAAGAUAUAAAAUUUAUCAUAAAAAUAUUUGGACGCUAUAAUUUUAAUUUAUAUGCUCUACAUUUACAAUAAAUAUGCUUAAAGUAAAAAAAAAAAAAAAUGUUUUGCAUUAUAUUGAAGCAUAGUAUAGUUAUUAGAAUAUAAAAAUUUUCUUAGUACAAAUUGUU